UUCAGCCUCCACUGGAAAAGUUCUCCUGCUACAGGAUUGGAUUUGAACGGCUAAUGUAAGCUUUCCUUGUCAGGAUGGGCACCCCAGCAAAGCUCCGCAUCAUUUUUGGAGACGACAAUAUUCUGCAUUCUACCUGCAGGCAUACCAAGCAGCGUCACAGACCUUAUUUGUGCUAUCAGAGAUUAUUUUGAUAUUCCUGGGGAAUUUUCUGUGCAUUAUCAGGACAUGGAUUUCAAUGGACAGUUUUUUACUCUAACCCACAUUGGAGAUGUGGAGGAUCAUGCAACAUUAAAAGUUGUGCCAGUAAAGCCAGUUGUCCUCACUCUCAGUACAGUGGAAGAAAUAGAGGCUGACUUGCCUCCACCACAUGAAUCCUCUGAUACUAUUUCCACCCACUCAUCAUCAUCAGACACUAUCAUUCUCUCCUCAUCUGAUGAAAGCAGAAUUUCCAGACGCUCUCAACAAUCAAACAGAUUUGAAAUACCGACAUUUUCCUUUGAUGUAGAACAACAUUUGCAGGCUGGAAACCAAGCAUUCCUGAAGGAUGGUGCCCUGCUCAACCACCCAAGUUUGACAAGCAGCAUACUGGAGAAGCUUGCAGAGGUGGUUUUUGGUUACACAGCAUACCCCACAGGGAUUCAAAUUUUGACAAUGGUUGAAGCCUUGAUCGAAAAGUUCCCAUGUCUCAGGGAACCAGGGUCUUUUAAUGGCCUUUAUGGGUGGCAGCAGAGGAUGAAAUGGAAAAUGGGGAAUUACCGUGCAAAAUUAAGAGGCCGUCAACUUCCCUGUCCAGAGCUGGAAGUGAACUCGCGGAAAAGACCGAGGUCAAAUGAGAAUGGCUCAAGCAAAGGCAUCAAAAAGCCCAAGAAAGCGGAGGUAAACUACCUGCCUCCACUGCCAAUUGGGGACACGGAAGCCACUUUAGAUAAGGAGAGGGUAGACGUGCUGCACGAAGUUAAGAAGAAAAACAAUGAGCGCAUAAUAUCUGAGAAAAUGGACAGAUCUUUCUCCUUCCGAAGACAGGAAGUUGUAAAGCAGUGCCCCGCCAUCCACGAUUUCCGGGAGAGAUGGCCUGCUCUUCUCUCUGAAGCUCAGAUCAAGGAGGAAUUCAAAAGAAUCACAACGGUUCCCUUGGAAAGAACUUUUCUCACUAAGCUGGACUUCUACACUCCAAAAAUGCUGGAGAUAUUUAGCAAAAAAGGCGGCUUAGCUGGGACCAAAAUACGACCACUUCCGGAUUCACUCAGCCAGCAGUUCAGAGUAAUGACCUCAGAGGAGCAACCAAUGUAG